ACGAAAGGGAGACGCCACUGCAGCCAGUGUGCGCUGGGAGCUACACGAAACAAGCUAGCGAGGAUGGAAAAGCAGUUUUGGUCUUUUAGCCUUCAAACUAAAACCAUACGUGGGACCAAUUACGUCAUAACAGACAAUUAAAGAAAGCCAUAUUGCAUUGGUCUUUUAUAUCUCAAAAUGGAGCUUAACGUCGCGCCAACCCUUCGCUGUCCUUCUUUUCAACGAGGCAUGUUGCGUGUGUGUUUUGUUUUGAAAAUGCAAACCGGAAAUGUAGUCCGAGCUUGUUAUAUCCACUUUACUGUGACGAGCGGGGAAGCUCCAAGUUCCUGUCGUGCGAAAGGACUCGCGCAAAAAGUUGACGCCAAAUCUAAUUUUUUGACACUUUUUUUUUUUUUACCAAACAAAACGUUUUUUUGAAUCAAUAACAAACAUGGCACUUACCGACGCCGACGUGCAGAAACAGAUAAAACACAUGAUGGCCUUUAUCGAGCAAGAGGCCAGUGAGAAAGUUGAGGAAAUAGACUCCAAAGCAGAGGAAGAGUUCAACAUUGAGAAAGGUCGCCUGGUGCAGACUCAGAGGGUGAAGAUAAUGGAAUACUUUGAAAAGAAGGAAAAGCAGAUUGAACAGCACAAGAAAAUCCAGAUGUCUCACCUGAUGAACCAAGCAAGGCUGAAGGUGCUAAAGGCCCGUGAUGACAUGAUCAACGAUUUGUUGAUCGAAUCCCGGCAAAGACUUGCAGAGAUUGCCCAGGACCCUGCCAGGUACUCCACACUGCUGGAGGGGCUGCUGUUGCAGGGAUUCUACCAGCUGCUGGAAGAGAAAGUUACCAUUCGCUGUCGACAACAGGAUGUGGAGAUGGUUCAGGCUGCAGUGAAUAAGAACAUCCCUAUCUACAAGGAGGCUGUGAAACAACACAUAGUCGUUAAAAUCGACACCAACCAUUUUCUACCAUCAAGCAUCUGUGGAGGGGUGGAGCUAUAUAAUGACAACGGCAAGAUAAAAGUGUCCAACACUUUAGAGAACAGACUACAGCUUCUAGCGCAUCAGAUGAUGCCUGAAGUCCGAGUGUCCUUGUUUGGCGCCAACCCCAACCGCAAGUUCACAGAUUAACGGUGGAUUUGAAGGGAGCAGCGUGCGCGCAGGUGGAAUAUGUUUGGUGAACACUCUUCCUAAAGGGGAGCUUUGUUGCACAAUCCUAGUACGACAACAAGUUCACACACCCGAGUGCCUUACUUUUUUGUUGUUGUUGUUUUCACCCAGGUGAAUGCUUUGAAUGUAAUUUAAACCAUGUGUGCCAUAAAUGUCUUCACCGUGUCCAGAAGCAAACAAAGAGCAGCUUUACUAUUGUUACAAAGUAUUUCAUAUUCAAAAACCAAAGUAAUAAAUAAGUGGGAGACAGAAAACUUGUGUAUC